AUGGACCAGGCGCGCGCCGACCACCCGGAGACGGACCUCGGCAUCGAGUGGGGCGCGGAGGUGCUGUCCGGGCUGAAGAACUUCUCGCUGGGGUCGCACAGCCCCGACGUGCAGAUGAGCUCGGGCUCAGACUACCGGCGUCGCUCGCUGGGUGGGCGGCCGUCGGCGGGCGAGGCGCUGCCGCCGCGGAGCCCCGCGGUGCCGCAGGGGGAGCGCGUGUACGCGCGGAGGAUGAGCAGCGGCGUGCCGACGUCGCGGCUGCGCCCCGGCGUGACCGGAAGCCCCGCGGUGGACGGCGGGAGCCGCCGGGGCAGCCGCGGCGCGGGCGACGGGCCCGCGGGCGGGCCGUGCGCGAACUGCGGCACCACGCACACUCCGCUGUGGCGCAAGAACCCCAACACAGGGCAGCCCCUGUGCAACGCGUGCGGCAUCUACCUCAAGACGCACAACCGCUCGCGGCCGCUCGACACGCAGCCGCCGCCGUCGAUGCGGCCGUCCCUCGACGGCCCGGGCGGCUCGCCGUACGUCGGCGCGUCGCGCAAGCGCCGCUCCGGCGCCGCCGGCACGCCUCCGCCGGGUUCGCCCGCGCUCGGCGCGUCGGACGACACCGCGAUGCGCCGCGCCGAGGACGAGCCGCGCACCUCGAAGCGCGCGCACACGAACGUCACCCCCGACGUCGGCUCCACGCCGACGGGCCCCACUUCGGUCUCCCCGGUCUCCGUCGGCCACGACCAGGGCGACCAGGCGCUGAUCGCCGCGGAGGCCGCCGCCAACAUGCCGAUCCUCGCGGAGCUCGCGCGCGCGCCGCCGUCGUCGAAGGCGACCGCCGUGCAGCUCCCGGGCGCGCAGCCGCAGCAGCUGGCGCCCUCGAUCCACCCGCACACCCCCCAAGACCCGCAGCGGAGGUCCGACGGGCCGUUCGCGCGCGGCGCGCUCGCGACGCCGCUCACGCCGGAGAUGGCGUCGUUCUUCGGGAUCGCCGCGGACGACGCGUUCCGCGCCGCGGCGUCCGCGCAGGGCUCGGGGCAGCCCCUGUACCUGGUGCAGAUGCAGGGCCCGCACCCGAGCGUCGUGGCGCACUCGCACCCGGGCCUCCCGCCGAGCGGCGCGCAGUGGUCUGCUGGCCAGCGGCACAGCGUGGCCACGCAGGGCUUCCGGCCGUUCCAGUCGCAGGCGCAGAUGCGGCGCGCGUCGGUGGACGUGGCGGCGCCGGGGAGCGGCGCGAUGGACGUCGACCACGCGCGGACGGCGCUGCGCGCGCCGCAGCACCAGGACGGCGCGCAGGCGGCGGCGCAGCAGCAGCAGCAACAGCAGCAAAGGGGAGACGCGCGGCAGAGCAACGGCAGUGGGGGCGCGCGCAUCGACGUGCCGGACCGGCCGUCGACGCCGCUGUCGGACUCCCCGCCGCACAUGCACUCUCUGCCCGUCGCGUGA